AUGGAUGGACGCGGCAAAGGUGUUCUUCCCAAAAAGUGGUCAUUUGGUUUCGGCCUCAGCUCGCUUGAGAAGUUUCUGGACGAGGAGCUUCUCGACGUGAGUGGGGUGUCUUCGUCUCAGUUUGGCCAAAUGGUUGCUCAGGAAGUUGCUUCCAGCACCGCUGCUUUGCGGCAGCUGGAGAAUCUAGUGUACAGCUUCACCUACUCGGAUGGCUUGCGGAAAGGCUCUCACAUUGUGGAGCAGCUGCACGUGGACAAGAUCGCGGGGCGCUUCACGUGGACACGCGGCCUCCAGAGCGACGGCAAAGAGGUCACAUCCAAGCGGCAAGGCAGCUCCUAUGUGAUCUCCCACGUGUCCAGCGUCCGGUUCGCAACUCGACUGGGCGACCCCAACUCGGAGUUCCUGAGCGUCGCACAGAGACAGCUGUUCAAACAUCGUGCUGUUCGGACUUGGCUUAGCAGCAACGCGCCGUCGAUAUUGGGACUGCUUGCCGUAGUCUUCAAUGCUUUGACCGUGACUUUGGUAUUGGCGGCGUGCCUAUGCCACGCCACGUGGCAAGUCUUUCCUCAGGCGGGCGAUAGCUUCGACAUGGGCAAAGGCCCAGAUUCGGAAGCACUUGCAGCUGCUGCUUCUUUUGCAGCCGUCACGGUACUUUCCGCCACGGUUGCAGGCUGGUGGCUGGGCAUCUUCAGAUGCAGAUGCUGUGGCUUCAGGGCAUUCGACCGUGAAACCAUUGGCACCGCUACAAGGUUAAGUGCAAAGAUCGCUGCACGAUGUAAGAUCCAAAGGCCGCUCACUGGAGCAAUUCUUGCAGUCAGCAUACUCUGGUGCUUCUGUGUGCUGCUGCUGUGUCCCAUAGCUUAUGGCCUCAGUCGUCGAACUCUUUGCGACGCAGGCAGCUGCAGCCCGGAGCCGGGCUCCCCUUUGCUCCCCACCUGCGGUGUCGGCCGUUGCCGGUGUGGGGGUUUAGCAGAUCUGACGUGCAUCACAGCCAGCGCUGGGCAGGACUUGUCCCUGUGCAGAAACGUCAAACAGCCCAUGUGUAUCACUACGGGCAGUGACGAAACUGCAAGUGGUGUGCACUUGCCACUGCUGGCGUCUGCUGUCGGGUCGACAGGAGUCGCCAUUCUGCUGGGCCUCGCCUGGCUGCUGAAUGCAUGGGGCAUGUAUGCCGGCUGGGUGAGGGCGUCAGACCCCUCAGACGUCGUCAUGGUGCCUCAGGUGCAGUACCACAGGUUCUCUGUGAACUUCCGAUCUCGCAGCGAAGGCAAGCUGAUCUUCACCCUCAGUGCGGAGGACGACCCGCACGGGGUAGCUGCUGCACUGAUGCCUCCGGGCCCACCUCGGGGGCGAGCAGGACUGGCCGUGAUGUACCAGGCACCAGACACAAUGUUGGGCAGCUAUGUGCCAGGUUCAGGCAUAACAGGCUCCGAUUGGGGCGGAGGCUACACUGGCUAUUCGCAGCCUCCAGCAGGCGUCGCAGAGCAAGAGCCGCACUGGUGCUGA